CGAUAAAAUGUCAGGCGUUAGGCUAAGAUUAGCGAGGCAUGGUAUAGCCAACAGACCUUUCUAUCAUAUUGUAGCAAUUCCAGCACAGAAAGCUAGAAAUGGACAACCACUCGAGAAGCUCGGAGAAUACGACCCAACGCCUAGGAUAAGAAUAGCAGGUACUCCAGCUAGAAAAUUAAUAGAAUGGAAUAAGCAGCGUAUUGAUUAUUGGUUGAGUGUCGGUGCCUUGCCUACCCAGCCAGUUACAAAGUUGUUGAUGAGGGGCGGAAUUAUCCCAGAGAACAACAAAUAUCUGAAAAAAGCAUCCCCACAGCCAAAAUUACCACGGUCUUACAGUGAACCUUCUCCGAUUCCUAAUAGCAGUACAACAAAAGAUUAAAUGCAUUUC